AUGCCUUCCUCUGAUGCAGACGCUGCCGUCGAGUUCCCCGCCUUCUUCUUCUCCCAUGGGAGCACCAUGAUGCUCGGAGAGCCAUCGGCGCCAGCUGCGUACUGGGAGCAGGUGGGCCGCCUGGCCAUCGAGCAGGGCGUCGAGAGGAUCGUGAUGAUGGGUGCGCACUGGCACGUUGAGGGGGAUCAUUUCGAGGUCGCCACCAACCCAAAGCCGUCGAAACAGCCCGUUGCAUGGGUCGACCCGAAGAAAUACAUCAACUUCGACCCCAAUUACGAUGUUGACUUUGCACAGCACGUCUUGCGCGAGCUCGAGGACGCUGGCAUCGAUGCACGGCCCUGUCCCAAGUUUGAGAUCAUCCACGAUACGUUUCUGAUCCUCAAGUGGAUGUUCCCACGGGGAAAGAGCCUUCCACUCGUCAUCAUCAGCUCCAACGUGCACUUUGAUCCGCACCAGCAUCUGCAGAUCGGCGUUGCCCUCCGCCAUCUCCGCCGUCAGCGCUGCCUCCUCAUCGGCUCGGGUGGUGCCGUGCACAAUCUCUACCGCAACUCCUUUUCCCAGGCCGUCUUCCACCGCGACAACUUUGCCCAGGAGCGCCAGCCCGAGCAGUGGGCACUCGACUUUGGCCAGGCCUUUUCCGACGCCGUCCAGUACAACAGCGGCCCGGGCCUUCGCCGGGCCGUGACACGGCUGAUGAUGCACCCACAGUUCCGAGACGCACAUGCCACCGACGACCACUUCAUGCCCGCCAUCUUUGCUGCCGGUGCUGCUGGCGCGCCGGAGGACGAGGGCAAGCCCAACUUCCCCGGUGCAGAGUGCUGGGAGCUACUCAACAUGCGCAACACCCAGUAUCAGCUCGGCUACUGGCCAUAUGAGCCCCGCGUCACCGAGGUGCCCGAGCACAAGAAGAUCGGCAUCGCGCCUCCUCCUGCCUGA